AUGGGCGAGGCGGUUUUGAAGGAAGUUGCUCGUAAACGGGGUAUUGAAAUAGUCGUCGAUAGCUGUGGAACAGCUGGAUAUCAUGUUGGUGAAUCACCCGACGAAAGAACGGUGGCAAUCUGCCAGAAACACAAUGUCCCCAUAGACAGCUAUGCUCGCCAGGUUGCAACCUCUGACUUUGUUCGGUUCACGCAUAUUCUUGCAUCCGACGAAAGCAACCUUCAGAACCUCAAUAGAAUCAAACCUUCUAAUACCACUGCCGAUGUACGACUCUGGGGUUCAUAUCUUGACAAUAAACCUAUUCCAGAUCCUUAUUACGGCGGUAUGUCUGACUUUGAGAAGGUGUACCAGCAGUGCGUUCGAUUGUCGAAUGCAUUCUUAGACGAAGUCACGACAAAGGAUUCGAAAUCAUGA